UGGCCCUUGCGCCGCGGAUGGCUCUCUGUUUCUCUCCCACAAAGGGGAAUGGGAGAUCCCCCAGGGUCUCCAUGGCUUCCACCGUUCCCUCCUCCCCAAAGAUCCCAGGACAGAGAAUAACCCCUAUCUUGGUUUCAUUUAUACCUCAUUUCAAGAGCGGGCAACCUUCAUAUCUCAUGGGAACACUGCUAGGCUUGCCAAAGAGCAUGGGGACCUGAAACUGGCUCAGAUAUGUGGCACAAUUGCUGCUGAUGAGAAGCGCCAUGAGACUGCAUACACCAAGAUAGUGGAGAAGCUAUUUGAAAUAGAUCCAGAUGACACUGUGCUUGCAUUUGCUGACAUGAUGAAGAAGAAGAUCUCGAUGCCCGCCCAUUUGAUGUAUGAUGGGCAUGAUGAUAACCUGUUCGAACACUUCUCCGCCGUUGCUCAGCGGUUGGGUGUCUAUACUGCCAAGGACUAUGCGGAGAUACUCGACUUUCUGGUCCAAAGGUGGAAUGUGGAGAAGCUAACUGGCCUUUCUGGGGAGGGGAACCAAGCUCAAGACUUUGUCUGCUCUUUGGCUUCCAGGAUUCGGAGGCUAGAAGAAAGAGCUCAAGGGAGAGCCAAGCAAGCACCACACAUUCCCUUCAGUUGGAUUUAUGGUAGGGUGGUGCAGCUUUGAGCGCACUGAACAAAUCGGCUUUGAUGUUACACCAGUACUCACACCAAUAACUAGCUGGAAGUUUUUCUAAUUUGGCUGCUUCGAGUUGUUUGUCAUGGUAUUCUUCUGCAUCAGUUGAUUACUCGUAGGGGGUUGAGGUGUCUUAGCUGUGCGCCCAUGUGUUUUCUGUAUGAUUAUGUGAGCUGGGCUUGUUCUAGCCUGUAAAUAAUCUCUUUAGCUAGUGUCAUGGAUAUCAUCUGAAGCUGGCAAGGGCUGCUAUCAAGGUCUUAAAUCUUGCAGAACAAAGAUAUCCUGAUUUCUUCUUAGAAGGGGAUUAUUGUUGUCCGGUUCCGUCUUGAUAGUAAUCUUGAUAGAUAUCAUUGGUUUC